AUGGCGUCGACUUCUGAUGAACCCAGUUCGAAGUCUGAGGAGUGCGCUGCAGCUACGACUCCGGACGACAGUAUUGUGAUAUCUGGCAUGUCUGCGCUCAUGCCUGGCUGUCGUGGUCUUGAUGAAUUCACGGAGAAGCUCUAUAACAUGGAAAACUUGGUGUCUGCCCCUGAGCCACGUUGGAAGUGCAACCACCCGGAGGCGGAGGCGCCGCGUCACGGCCUCAUCCCUGACAUCGAGCGCUUCGACGCGCAGUUCUUCAUGAUUCACUACCGACUUGCUAAUUCUACUGAUACUAUGUCUAGGAAGCUGCUUGAGCAAGCUUAUCAGGCGAUUAUUGAUGCAGGUGUGUCCCCAACUGAGCUAUCGGGAAAGCGUGUUGGUGUAUUCAUUGCAACUGGCAUCACUGAGUCAUGCAAAUUGUUCUUUUCAACUCGCCCGCGUGGUUUUGGACUCAUGGGUGGAAGUAGAUCGAUGGCCGCGAACCGCAUCUCGUACUGGUUGAACGCGAAGGGUCCGUCGUACACACUGGACGCGUCCUGCUCCGGCUCGCUCGUGGCGCUCGAGAUGGCAACUGACGCUAUCCGACACGGGCACUGCGACGCAGCAAUCGUCAGCGGCGCGCGACUCAUGCUGCAUCCCACUAACUUAAUACAUUACAGAAGGUAA